AUGUCUUCACUCAAGUCGUAUCCGUCCUCCAAAGAGCCUCUUGUCGAGCAUGUAUCCUGCGUGGAACCGGACCGUUCACAGGAGCGUGUGCAGGCAACGAUGGCUCACAUAGCUCACCUAGCGACGCCGCCGCGUCGGGUCUCCGAUGAUGCUCGCGAGGGCAUUGACAAGGAGAAGAAAAGCGGAUUUAUUGCGGGUUGUCGAAUGUACCCCCGGGCGAUUGCAUGGUCUGCCGUAGUGUCUCUGACUAUCGUCAUGGAGGCAUAUGAUAAAUGCUUGGUUCAAGGUUUCUUCGCUUCUCCAGCUUUUCGAGAGCGAUAUGGCACACCCAUACAGAUUGAAGGCCGAGACAAAAUCGUGUACGAUCUUUCUCCGGCGUGGCAGGCAGCCUUGGUGACUGGUGCUUACUCCACUGAAACGGCAGGUCUUUUGCUGAAUGGACUCCUGACCGACCGAUACGGGUAUAGGAAGGUCAUGACGGGUGCUCUGAUCUUCAUGAACUUGGCUGUGUUCCUGUCGUUCUUUGCGACCAACCUGCCGAUGAUUCUAAGUUCUCAGCUUCUUUCUGGCUUCCCAUGGGGCAUCUUUCAGACACUCAGUGCCACCUAUGCAGCAGAAGUUCUGCCGACCAAUCUUCGCCCAUACUUGCUUGCUAGCGUCAAUAUGUGCUGGCUGAUUGGACAAACGAUGGGCAUGGGAGUUGUUCAUGCCUUCCUCGAGACCGAAAGUGAGUGGGCGUACCGCACUCCUUUCGCACUUCAAUGGGCGUGGGGUAUCCCGCUCUUGAUUGUCUUAUGGUUUUGUCCUGAAGGACCGUGGUGGCUCGUCCGACAUGAUCGAGCCGAUGAUGCUCGCGAGUCUUUGAAACGCUUGACUGGUAAAGGAAACGACACGAUCGAUGUCAAUCAAGUCAUCUCUGUCAUGAGAUACACCGACAAUAUCGAAAAGCAGUUAAAUCAGGAUGGCGCCACCUUCUUCGACUGCUUCCGCGGAACUAACCGCCGUCGGACAGAGAUUGCUUCCAUGGUUUGGAUCACGCAAGCCUUUUGUGGUGGGACCCUGAUGGGAUAUGCUCCUUACUUCUACGAACAAGCUGGCUUUCCGACAGACAACUCGUUCAAGUUGACCACAGGCAUGUUCGCUCUCGGCAUUCUCGGAAACAUGAUGGCAUGGAUCCUCCUUCGUCGAUUUGGCCGGCGAACUCUUUAUGUGGUUGGCGAAGUCACCCUGGUUCUGAUUUUGACCCUCGGUGGCCUUGUCUCGGUAAUCUCGUCCAUCGAUACCAAAGUCGUCUACUGGACGCUGGGAUCGCUUCUCCUGGCGUUCACUCUGGUGUAUAACUUGACGGUUGGCCCCACCUGUUAUGUUCUUGUCGCUGAGAUCCCGUCCACCCGAUUACGCGUCAAGACAGUCGUUCUCGCCCGCAUAUUGUUCAACAUAGCUAGCAUCGUCAACUCUGUACUUAUUCCACGGAUGCUCAACCCGGCGGGGUGGAAUUGGAAAGCCCGAACGUGCUGGCCGUUGGCUGGAACCGCCUUAUUAUGCUUGAUCUGGAUGUGGUAUAGGUUACCCGAGACGAAAGGUUUGACCUAUGUAGAGCUAGACAUCCUGUUUGACAAGGAGGCGCCAACACCGAAGUUUCGCCAGUUCCGCGUGAAUCUAGAAGCGAGAGGGUAUCUGAGCUUGAAUAAGGCAGAGCAGGAUGGGAGGACCUGGCACGGAUGGCAAGGCUAUUCCUAG